UUUGCUCCCGUUCGGCUCACCGUGAAAAUUUUCACGGCUUUCCAAUUCGAUAUUCGUUUUUCAUUUCACUCGCCAGAGAAGCGAUGGGAAUCAGCAAAGAAAGGGGCGGCUGCCGUCUCCGUCUCCCAGAGGGCUCCCGUCUGCCCUAUGGUAGACGUGACUCACACGAAAGACGACGGAGCGUCAUGUAUGUUACAUGCUCUGCUGCCCUACUGGUUCUCCCUUGGUGCCAUUGUUUGCUGCGUUGAUGUCCAAUGUCAGCCGUCUGGUUUGGUGCGGGCUGCUGAGUGGCCAAUGGGCCCACCAAAGCUUGCCGUGGGAUGCAGAGGCUCCUGUCCCGAUUGGAGACGGUCUGCGCUGCGUGCGCGUUGCAGCCAGUCGAUCUGCCAGCUCGGGACCCGCAGCGAAUCGACUGGCCCGUUACGGCCCAUUACCCCUACAAAUUUACCAGACCGUCUCCAAGGUGAAUGGAGCCGGCCGUAGCCACUACAGAGAGCCCCUCCAAGAGUCGGGAGCCCCUCUAGGCCUCCUCUCGGAGCCAUACGAGAAGGCGCAAAUCGACAGACGGCUAUGGGACGUCAUGGACCGAUCUCGCUGUCCUCAUGCGCCUCACCGACACUUCUCAGAGUUGGAAAGAAGGGAACCGCCGGAGCAUUGCAUGGUCUGCCUGCAGCUUCAUUAUGCCCGGAGGGGCGUGUCGCGAUGCGCGGCAGCCUCCCAUACGUGGGUUGCCCGGCUCGGCCCUGAACGCGGCCUCUGACGUAGCGCGAUGCCCACAAAAACAUCAAAGAUGCUGAUGUUGACGAUAUCUCUGUCCAAUGUCGUGCUGGAUAGGCGGUCAUUGCAGAAGACGAGAGAAGACAAAAGACGGCCGAUGCUGUC